AUGAUAAGUGAAGCCUCCAUAAUCAUCUUCCUUGCAGCCUUUGCUCUAGUUUCAAAUUUUAUGGGAGUUUUCCAUACCGGAUAUUUAUUUAGUGAAUCCUGCGGACAAGUGUUCAACGUCCCAACAGAUAGAUAUCAUGAUAAAGGCAAUUGCAGCGAUCCAAGUUACGAACUAGUGUGUGAGAAUAACCGAAGUGUGUUGUAUGUAAACUAUGGGAGGCAUUUAAUAGAGGCCAUUUAUGCCACUAACUCCACCACUGCUCUCCAAUCCAUCACCGCUGGACUUGACAUCAACAAUUGCCCAGCGAUCUCUCGUCAAUCCCUCGCAUACAAUAACUUCAGCCAAGCUUUCACAGCCAAAGAGACAGAACUCGACUCCAAGAAUAACCACUUCAAUUAUUAUGUGGGAGGAUUAGUGUUUGUCGGCUGCCAAAAUCCACUCCCUCCUGAUCGCUAUCCGGGUUUAGUGGCGCUUUGUACUAACGAAGCGCCCGAAACGCUUCAUCCUUUUGUGCUGACGUGGUAUUCCUCAAGUAUCUCUGGAGUGCCAGAGUCAUGCAGAAUAGAUUUGAUAGUGAAGGUGGUGCCAUGGGGACCAAUGGCGUGUAAUGAGAGUUGUUCAUAUCCGAAAGUUCAGAGGCAAGAGGUAAAAGGGAUUGAGGUCAGAUGGCGCCCAAAUCGUUGUGGAGUGUGGGACGCAGGGCCGCAGCCUGACUGUUGGUUUGAAAAUGCCACUAAUAUGGUUCUUUGUCCUUCCCAAGACUACGGUGCGGCAAUUUGUCUUGUGAACCUUAUUUUCGUAACUCUCUGGUAUGCAGCUAAAUUCGUACUGAGUGCCCCUUGUGCUUUAAUAUUCUUGAUUAUCCGAUGGAGAAGAAGGCAUCAAUCUUAUUAUGACAAUGUUGAGGACUUCCUCCGAAAUAACAGUAACCUGAUGCCCAUCAAGUACUCUUACUCAGAGAUCAAGAAAAUGACCAGUGGCUUCAAACACAAGUUGGGUGAAGGAGGCUAUGGUUAUGUGUAUAAAGGUAAGCUUCGAAGCAAUCGUGAUGUAGCCGUCAAGUUACUGACAAAGUCCAAAGCCAAUAAUGCACAAGAUUUCAUUAGUGAAGUUGCCACUAUUGGCAGGAUUCAUCAUGUCAAUGUGGUGCAGCUGAUUGGAUUCUGCACUGAAAGAAGUAAGCGAGCUCUUGUUUAUGAAUUUAUGCCUAAUGGAUCACUUGACAAGUACAUAUUCUUGGAGAGACAAAGCAACACGCCCCUCAAUUACAAGAAAAUAUUUAACAUUUCUCUUGGGAUUGCUCGAGGAAUUGAGUAUUUACAUCGAGGAUGUGAUAUGCAAAUUCUACACUUUGAUAUCAAACCUCACAAUAUCCUUCUUGAUGAAAAUUUUAAUCCAAAGAUUUCGGAUUUCGGAUUAGCUAAGUUGUAUCCAUUAGAUAAUAGUAUUGUGUCUCUGACAAAUGCAAGAGGAACAUUUGGAUACAUGGCUCCUGAAUUCUUGUACAAGAACAUUGGAGGAAUAUCACACAAAGCUGAUGUUUAUAGUUUUGGGAUGCUACUGAUGGAAAUGGCUGGCAGAAGGAAGAACUCAAAUGUCAUUGAGCAUUCCUGGCAGACCUAUUUUGCUAAAUGGGUUUAUGAUCAAUUUGAGGAAUCAAUAGAGGGGAGCAAUAUCUCAGAUGAGGAAAGAGGAAUUGCAAAGAAGAUGAUCAUAAUAGCUUCACAUUGCAUACAGAUGUAUCCUAAUGAUCGACCCUCGAUGAAGAAUGUGUUAGAGAUGCUUGAGGGAGAAAUGGAGCUUCAAGAGGCUCUUCCUCCCUAAAUUUAUGUAACUUGGAGAGAGAU